AUGUUGUCGACACUGGACAAGAGCGAGGUGGCAACUCUAAGCCUACCUUCCACCACCAGCCAUGGCGGCUCUGACGGUAACAUCAGUGCGGACGUUGCGCCGCCGCCAGCAGCAGCAGCAGCGUCUGGGGUCAUGGCCUGGGGUGCAGAGGGUUUUGGGGUUGGCGAGCCACAGCGGACACGCGCUGCCUUGGAGCAUCUGCAGCAGAAGGUCCUGAAGGUCACCGAGCAGAUUCGUGUGGAGCAGGAGGCCCGGGACGACAACGUCGCAGAGUACCUGAAGUUGGCCCACAACGCAGACAAACAGCAGGCGUCUAGGAUCAAGCAGGUGUUUGAGAAGAAGAACCAGAAGUCAGCACAGACCAUUGCACACUUGCACAAGAAACUAGAGCACUAUCACAAGAAGCUAAAGGAGAUAGAGCAGGGUAUGUGAGCACGUUGUAAUGGACCGGCCCGGCAGCCUAAGGAUGUCCUGCGGGACAUGCAGCAGGGAUUAAAGGACGUCGGGGCUAAUGUUCGUGCUGGGAUAAGUGGUUUUGGAGGUGGUGUAGUUGAAGGGGUCAAAGGUGGAGUAACUGCCCUCACUCACACAGCCGUGGUCUCCAAGCCGAGGGAGUUUGCCAGUCUUAUCAGGAACAAGUUUGGCAGCGCAGAUAACAUCGCUCACCUGAAGGACUCACUUGAGGACGGAGUCGGGGGCCACUCCGAGGACACCCUCACACCUCGUGCACUGAGUGGAAGUGCUACUCUGGUCUCCAGCCCAAAGUACGGCAGCGACGACGAGUGCUCCAGCGCCACGUCCGGCUCCGCAGCAGGCAGUAAUUCAGGUGGUGCGGGGGGAGGAGGGGGACUUUUGGGUCCAACCAUGGGGAGCCCCAGACUGGAUGGACACCACCACCACCACCAUCACAUGCACAGCUCCUGGGAUUCUCUUCUUGAGGGCCUGCAGGAGAUCAAAGCCAGUCAGGCGCACAUGGAGGACGCCAUCGAGGACAUGAAGGGUCAGCUGCAGAGUGACUACUCCUACAUGACACAGUGCCUGCAAGAAGAAAGAUACAGGUAUGAGCGACUAGAAGAACAGUUGAAUGACUUAACGGAGCUACACCAGAAUGAGAUGACUAACCUUAAACAGGAGCUCGCCAGCAUGGAGGAAAAAGUCGCCUACCAGUCCUACGAGAGAGCCAGAGAUAUUCAGGAGGCGGUGGAGUCGUGCCUGACUCGCAUCACCAAGCUGGAGCUGCAGCAGCAACAGCAGCAGGUCGUCCAGUUGGAGGGAGUGGAGAACGCCAAUGCUCGAGCUCUGCUGGGCAAACUCAUCAACGUCAUCCUGGCGCUCAUGGCUGUGCUGCUGGUUUUCGUCUCCACCUUGGCCAACUUCAUCACCCGCUGAUGAAGACCCCGAGCCCGGGUGGCCGCCACCGUCCUGCUGACCUUGCUUCUGUUCGUCCUGAAGCAGUGGGACUUUGUGGAGCCAUGGCUGCUGCCCAGCUGA